AUUGAAAUGCGUCUUCUAAAAUCCGAAAACCAAAUUCGUAUCAACAACCUUUCCAACUACGUCUUUCCUUUUAACAGCAUAGAAGCUGUAAAAUAUCCACAAUGGCUCCAUCAAGAGUUCCUCAAAAGCGAAUCUUAGGUGAAGCAAAGAAUAUUCAACAAAGCAAUAUCCCCUCAUCUCCUCCAACUGGGGCAAAGAAACGAAAGUUAGAACCAGUUGCAUCAUCACCAGCAGCAGUGCGAUUCAAGAGCUCACAAAAUGGUCCAAGAGGAAAGCUGGCUUCUAGCCAGCCUAGUCAUUUUGAAUCGGAAGUGCUGGAAAAAAUGACACAGGAUAUGGAAAGUCUGAAGAAGAAUAAUUCAGAAAAAGAUCAAGAAUGGGCAAGGCCGAGCCUGUCAGACUUCAACCCUGAGGUUGAUAAUUUAAUCUUUCAGCAGAUUGAAUGUGAAGAAGGUACUUAUGACGGAGGAAAGGCGACUGUGAAGUUGUUUGGUGUUACUGAGACUGGUCACUCAGUUAUGCUGCAUGUAAAAGACUUUCUUCACUACCUUUACGUUGCCGCUCCAGUUAGUUUUACACAUAAAGAUUGUGAACCAUAUAAGAUGUUCCUGGAUUCGCAAGUUGGAAUGCACACGCCUGCCAUCAAUUCGGUAUCGGUUGUACUACGAGAGAAUUUAUACGGAUUUACAGGAAAUAAACAGCACGCAUAUAUUAAGAUUACAGUUAUGGACCCCAAAUACAUCAACAAAGUUAGGACAACUAUCGAGGAGGGUAAAGCAAACUGGAAAGGAAUGUGGAGGAAUGAUGGAAAUGGUAUUUUGACUUUUGAUAGCAUUCAAUAUGUGUUACGAUUUAUGGUCGAUGUCAAGAUUUAUGGUAUGUCAUGGGUUGAAGUUGAAGCAAAGAAAUACGAAAUAGUUCCAGAACACAAUAGACAAUCGAAUUGUCAAAUCGAAGCCGUAAUGACAUAUCGAGACUUAAUUGCGCAUAAGCCCGAAGGGGAAUGGGCGAAAAUGGCACCUCUGCGUAUUCUAUCUUUUGAUAUUGAAUGUGCUGGUCGCAAGGGUGUCUUUCCGGAAGCAAAUCAGGAUCCUGUUAUCCAAAUUGCUAAUAUUGUUACUCGAUACGGAGAGAAAAAACCAUUCGUACGAAAUGUCUUUUGUCUUGACCCUACUAGUCUGAUCGUCAAUACACAAAUUCACGUAUUCGAAAAGGAGGAGACGAUGUUAUCGAAAUGGAGAGACUUUCUUGAAGAGGUAGAUCCAGAUAUCAUCAUUGGUUAUAACAUUGCCAAUUUCGAUUUCCCAUAUCUCCUCGAUCGAGCCGAUCACUUGAAGAUCAAGAACUUCAAUCAAUGGACUCGAUUGAAGUCUAUCCACUCUCAAGCUAAAACUUCCAACUUCUCCAGCAAGCAAAUGGGUAACAGGGAUACGAAAGCUACCAAUACUAAUGGACGACUUCAAUUGGACUUAUUACAACUUGUUCAGAGAGAUCAUCAACUUCGAAGUUAUACGCUCAAUUCCGUUUGUGCACAAUUUUUGGGUGAGCAAAAGGAAGAUGUUCAUCACACUAUGAUUACGGAAUUAUUCAAUGGAACCCCUGAGUCUAGACGAAGAUUGGCUGUAUAUUGUUUAAAGGAUGCUUUUCUACCUCAACGUCUAAUGGAUAAACUUUCAUGUUUAGAAAAUUAUACGGAAAUGGCUAGAGUCACAGGUGUUCCUUUCAAUUUUCUUCUAUCUCGUGGCCAACAAGUCAAAUUCAUUAGUCAACUGUUUCGAAAAGCUUUAGAACAGAAAUUGGUCAUUCCUAAUCUAUCAUCUAACUCAUCUGAGGAACAGUACGAAGGUGCCACUGUCAUUGAACCUACUAGAGGAUACUACAGUGUCCCAAUUGCAACCCUGGAUUUUGCUUCUCUAUACCCAAGUAUUAUUCAAGCACAUAAUCUUUGCUAUACUACAUUACUCAAGAAAGAUGUUGUGGAAGCUCUCAAACUUGAGAAGGAUGAAGAUUAUAUCGUUACGCCAAAUGGAGAUAUGUUCGUCACAACCAAGCAACGAAAGGGUCUUCUGACGCAAAUUUUGGAAGAAUUGUUAACAGCAAGAAAACAAGCUAAAAGAGAACUUGCUGUUGAAACCGAUCCCUUCAAGAAGGCUGUGCUCAACGGUCGACAACUUGCCUUGAAAAUUAGUGCAAACAGUGUGUACGGUUUGACUGGUGCCACUGUCGGAAAGGUACCUUGUUUACCAAUUGCCAGUAGUACCACAAGUUAUGGUCGUCAAAUGAUUGAAAAGACCAAAGCAGAGGUUGAGGCGAAAUACACCAUCGCUAAUGGUUAUUCUCAUGAUGCUCAAGUCAUUUAUGGUGAUACCGACUCAGUCAUGGUUAAAUUUGGUGUAAAAGAAUUGGCAGAGGCAAUGAAAUUGGGAGAAGAAGCUGCACAAUACGUUUCUUCGAAAUUCAUCAAGCCGAUUAAGUUGGAAUUCGAAAAAGUGUAUUACCCAUACCUUCUCAUCAAUAAGAAGAGAUAUGCCGGUCUUUACUGGACAAAUCCUGAUAAGUAUGAUAAGAUGGAUACAAAGGGUAUUGAAACAGUUCGUCGUGAUAAUUGCCGGCUGGUUCAGAAUGUCAUCGAAACAGUACUGAGAAUGAUCUUGAUCGAUCAAGAUGUUCAAGGAGCACAAGACUAUGUGAAAGAUACCAUCUCAGAUCUUCUUCAAAACAAAAUCGAUAUGUCAAAACUUGUCAUCACCAAAGCCCUCGCAAAAGCCGAUUAUACCGCCAAACAAGCUCACGUAGAACUAGCUGAGCGUAUGAAGAAACGAGAUGCAGGAUCAGCACCUACACUAGGUGACCGUGUUGCAUAUGUCAUCAUCAAAGGAUCUGCUGGAGCCAAGAAUUUUGAAAGAUCCGAGGAUCCCAUUUUCGUAUUAGAAAACAACGUCCCCAUCGACACAAAAUAUUACCUCGAUAACCAACUUGCCAAACCUUUAGGCAGAAUCUUCGAACCUAUCCUCGGAGAAACAAAAGCCAAUUCCCUCUUAGCAGGUGCACAUACCCGUGCUAUAUCUGUCGCAGCUCCUACCAUUGGCGGUCUCAUGAAAUUCGCAAAGAAAACAUCAACAUGUAUGUCCUGCAAAAAACCUCUCGUGAAAGCCCACGAGAAAGAUGGUGCAGUAUGUACAGACUGCGCUCCUAGAAUUGGAGAAAUGUAUCAAAAACAACUCAAUAAGGUCUCGGAUCUAGAAGUCAGAUUUGGAAGAUUAUGGACACAAUGUCAAAGGUGUCAGGGAAGUAUGCAUUGUGAAGUUAUUUGUAGUAGUAAGGAUUGUCCAAUUUUCUACAUGAGAAUGAAGGCAAAGAAGGAUGUCGAGGAUGCUGGGAAGGAGUUGGAGAGGUUUGAUUUUGAUCAGUCGGCUUGGUGAUUUGAAGAGCGGGUUUAGAUGACGGAUGGGCGGAGAACUGCAAUAUCAAGGUAUUGCAAGGUGUUUUGGGGCGUUUAAGCUAGCCUUGUAUGAGAAAAUGGAUUUUGGACGGAGCUUGAUGGGUAAUCUAUGUAUUAAUGACUGCCCUUUAUUACGUAUAUCAAGGUACAAGAAAGGAAAUAGCCGAAACGGAUAGGAAUGAAAUUUAUA